AUGCCUCCGCCACCGCAACCGACCAUUGGGGGCGGGAGCGGCCACCCCUCUGGCAUGCCAUUGCAGCGCAGACACCCGUUGACGAAUACCGCCAUGAACGUGAACUACCCCGCCUCUGCGCACCCUCAUCAGACACACCAAAAUCAACAACAACAGCAUCAAGAGGGGCCGAAGCCUCCACCGAAGGCACCUAGUUCGCCACCGCUCCCACGGCAAAACAGCAAGACAACACCGCCAUCACCUCCGAAGGUUAUUAGUGACAAGACAGGAAGGUUGCAAUUUGACAGGGUUGGGUUUUUGGGCGAGGGUGGAUUUGCCAGGGUAUACGAAGUGAAAGACCAGCGAGGUUCUCGCUUAGCGUGUAAGGUUGUUACCAAAGCCUCUCUCAAAACUAAGAAAGCUAAAACUAAACUCUACGCAGAAAUCAAAAUUCAUCGUUCGCUCGAGCACCCUAAUAUUGUGCACUUCCAAGAAUGUUUUGAGGACAGCGACAACGUCUACAUGACGCUCGAGCUAUGUCCUUCAGGCUCGCUUAUGGACAUGCUGCGCAGACGACGGCGUUUCACCGAGCCUGAGUCGCGUUUCUUCAUGGUGCAACUCAUUGGUGCAUGCCACUACAUGCACACUCACCAGGUCAUCCACCGUGAUCUCAAACUCGGUAACCUCUUCCUCGACGCGAAUAUGAACGUUAAAGUGGGUGACUUUGGGCUUGCGGCACUCAUAGAGAAUCCUGGGGAGCGGAAGAAAACCAUCUGCGGUACACCUAACUACAUCGCACCGGAGGUUCUCUUCGACACCGCCAACGGCCACAGCUUUGAAGUUGACACGUGGAGCGUUGGUGUCAUUCUGUACACGCUCGUUGUCGGCCGCCCACCGUUCCAGACCAAGGACGUCAAGGCGAUAUACAAGCGCAUUAGGGACAACGAGUACGAAUUCCCAACAGAGCGUGUCAUCUCGUCCGCCGUGCAACACCUCAUCCAACUCAUCUUGACACCAAACCCUGCAGAACGCCCCACGCUCCAUGAGAUUGUGGAUCAUACAUUCUUCACACAGGGCCCAGUCCCCGCGUACAUCCCCACGUCCGCGCACGACGCGCCCCCCGAUUUCAGACAUGUCUCCAAGGCGGCGAGCGACGCGAAUCUAAAACGGCUGCGCAAGUACUCGCUCCUGGACGUCGAUUUCUCAGCAGCGGGUGCUUCCGCUGGCGCGGCAGCAGGUGUUGCCCCUUCAGGCUCCCUCCCUGCUUCCGGUAGCUCAAACAAUAUGUCGAGUAUUGCAGCGAGCAAGAGCAUCACGUCGAGUAUCGCGCAGCAGGAGAAGGAGUUCCAGAAGGCGGUGCAACCUGGCUCGCCUAUCUCUGCGCUCCUCAGUUCUGCGCGACAGCCAUUGGUCAUGAGCACGAAUGGUUCCCCCGGCGGUGCUGGUCCGCGUGAGAACCCGCUCCUUCGCAAGCUGCAGGCAGUCAAGGAGGGUGGUGCAGGUGGUGCGAAUGGUGUUGGGGGCCUGGCGAGCGCGAGUCCGCUCGGUAGAAGAAGCGUGACGAGGGGCUUGGAUGGGAUUGUCGAGGAAAGCGAUAACCCACGCGCUGCUGUUGAGGCGGCGCCGAGGGCGGGCAGUAUUCGGUCCCACCGCAGGCUCAAUAUGAUGGACGUUGAUGGUGUGGCGGACCCUGAAGAGGCCGAGGAGAUGCGUCUACGUACCAAGGAGCUGGAAGCGCAGAAGGCGAGGAUUGUCGCUCAGAUGGCACCCGUGCGCGAGGAAGGUGACGAACUUCCUCAGGAUGAUGAUGAAGAUGAAGAGGAGGAGCGCAGGCCUGAUCCUAGGGAGCCGGAGAGGUUGAGGGAGCAGCAGCAGACAUACCCAACCCGCUCGUUAAGGGAGAAGGAGCGCGUGCCAUCGUCUGGCGACAAAGAGAACGUCAACAUCAACCCCAGCACAGUCAAGCAUGGCUCCCUCAAGCCGGCGCUUAAACACACCACCACCGUCACUACCAACGCCCCUACCCCUGCACCUACCGAACCCCUACCGAAGUUGAACGGCUUUGACGCGGCUGCGCACACCCUCACACUUGCCUUUGAGGCCAAAGCCGCAGGGCGUCUCUAUCCCGCGCCCCCUUCAGCUGCGCUGCCUCUCCCGGACGAGAAGGUGUUCAUUGUCAGCUGGGUGGAUUAUUGCAAUAAGUAUGGUAUGGGCUAUGCCUUGACUGACGGGAGUGUGGGCGUGCAUUUCAACGACAGCACGACUGUUGUACUGAGUGCUGAUAAAGUACACUUUGACUACAUUACCUCACGCCGCUCGGGUUCGAUCUACGUGCGCAAGUCGUACACCGUCGAGGAGUACCCCGAGGACCUCAAAUCCAAGGUGUACCUCCUAAAGCACUUUGAGCGGUAUAUCAUGGACCGGCUGUACGGCGAGUACGACUGGACGUUCGAAGACGUAGGCCGGGAAAGGGGAAUGGAGUGGGUGCAAAAGUAUUUGCGAAUGAAGCAUGUCAUCGUAUUCAAAUUGAGUCACGAUGUUCUACAGUUCAACUUUUAUGACCACUCUAAACUCAUCCUGUCUUCCUCUGGACAACUUGUGACUCACAUCGACAAACACUACAAGCUGACGCGACAUUCGCUUUCGUCUAUUAUGGCUGCUUCCUUCCAGCCACCUCCGCCGGCCACUGCGCCGCAGGCAGAGCUGGACAAGGCCAAGCUCAACGCGCGGCUACUGGAAAAAGUCAAGUACUGCAGGGAUGUGCUGGUGAGCAUCAGAACUGCAGGUGAAAGGGGAGGUGUUGUCGUUGGUGGAACUCUGGGUGUUGGUGCUGGUCCUGGGGAGGAAGAAAGAGAGAGGGCGAGAGAGGGUGUGGAUGCUGCCGCUGCUGCUGCAAUGGAAAAAGAAAGGAUGGGUGGUCUUGCGACUCGUGCGUCGAAGAUGUCGCUGCGAUGA